GUCCAAUGCAUGGAUGUAUCGACGGAGCUGCACCGCACUUACAUAAGCGAUGGAAAUGAGAAGCAGUUAAAAAUCGAAAUCUAUAUCAUUUUUUAGGAGUAGUGUAAAGCGGUGAAGUGUGCAAUAAUUGAGUUUCGAUCGGGUGUCGGAUUUUUUCAGAUAUCAUCGAGAGAGCAGGACAUCAUCAGUGCGGGAAUUUUGCCGAUAAGUUUGCACGUUUUUCAUCACACCCCUACACUAUCAUGGUGCAGAGCUUGAUCCAAAGGAUCCGGGAAAACAAGUUGGACGCCCUCUACUUGUUCAUAAAUGAAUCCUUGCGAGAUCGAAACAAUUUCGAUGUGUUUUUCAACGAUUUAAUGGUUGUUUUACCGAACAAUUGGAGCAUCAAUCGGGUUGAAAUAGGUCACGAAUUCUUGUCGAGAACUGUUGUUGCUGACCAUCAGCAACAGCAGGUGAACAAUGAUGUCAACAACAUUAAUCGGAAUACCAGUGGGGACGGGAACCCAAGCAAACAGGACCAUUUAUUUCAAAACGUUUGUUCUCUUGAAAGUCUGCGAUCUCUUAUUAUUUCCGAUGGAUACAUCCCACGAAAGGACCACGGAUUUGUCGAUACUAAAGCAUUGUUGCGUAACUUACCACGUGCGAACAACCUGCAGUAUUUAGAUAUCCAGAGAUUGAAGUUGCGAAUUACGAGUGAUAGCAUCGAAAAUAACGACGCCAUGUUGCUUGCAGAGUGCUUGAAUUCGUUGCGGGACUCCUUAGAAGACCUCCGCCUCACAGCGAUUUCCUUUUGUGAUACGACAAAAACACCGACCCCAACAACUGUCACGACAUCCGAAAACCAACAUAAGCUCUGUACAUUGCAUAGAGCACAAAGCGAAGAGCAAACGAGGAGGAGAUAUCCAUUGGAUUCAGCUAUUCGGGUUUGCGGUGACAUGGCAAACCUCCAACUGUUGGCAAUAUCUUGUGCGACAGGUUGCGGUUGCAAUUGCAAUAACGGCGAAGAACAGCAGCAGCAAGAUGGCUUGGCGAUUCGUGAUGCCAAUGAAGCCAGCAGUAGCAGCAGCUUGUCUUCAUCGUCCUCUUUGCCAUCCUCUACUAAAUCGAGUUGUUUAAUCUCCAGGGAAGUCCUGCUGUAUUUGUGUCGGUCUUCGUCGACUCUGCAAGAAUUUGCUUUGAGGAGGAUGCGAAUCGACGACGAUACAUGCAAAACUCUUGCAAAAGCGUUUGACCCCCCAAACAACAAGUAUACUACUCGAACAUCGUCGUCGUCGUCAUUGUUACAGCAGUGCAACAGUAGCGACGAGGAUGACGAGGAUAAUGAUAGCGACAGCAAUGCAAAUAGCCAUCAUUCUCCUUCGUUUUGGACGAGCCUGGAUCUACGUCAGAAUCCGUCGAUUGGGAAUGAGGGAUAUGAAGCAAUUUUGUCUUCGCUCGAACGCAACUAUGAUUUAUGGUGUUCACUCAUGGUGGUAAGUUUGAAUGAUUCUGAAUGCUCGAUGGGUUUUCAUCGCGCUCUMGCGUAUUUCUUAUAUCCCUUUUCGUUCUUUUCAUCGCACCCAUUGUACUACUUCUAUCGCAUCGAAACACUACUACCAAAACAGGACAACGAAUCAUUCCAAUCAAAAUUCAACGCGCUGAUUGAAUUGAAUCAAGCUAAUCGCGGUGCCCUGAUGCGGUCUCCGACGCCCGAAAAACUCGCAGUUUUCUUGGACUGCYUGAAGGAUAAUCCUACAGCACUAUGGUAUUUUCUGACGAUACACAGGGACGCGAUACUCCUUCCCUUGCUCGACUUCCUCAAAUGGAAGAAUGGGAUUGUACGCAAACGAGCGAAUGCAGCAAUAGCAGAAGCAAAUCCGCAGCAGCAACAAGGUGGCCAUAAAAGACCACUAGACGAAGCAUUCUCCUAGGCACCGCUGUCUUGGAGUAACCAAUGAACCCCAACUUUUGCUUCACGUUUGCAGAUGUUUGUUGACUUCAAUAGCAUUAUUCUAGUGGAAUCGAUUCCAAUGAACUAAACAGUUAGGUCUGUCACCAAGAGUAGGGUGAAGUUGGAGAUUGAGAAAUUACAAACGAAGGUAGAAGUUGUCCAGGCUACUUAGAACAUACAGGGCCACCAUGGAGCGAGGAAACGAACCAGUGCUUCCAAAGAAGAAUGAAUGAACCAAUCACGCGUAUUGACGACUGAAACCAUUGUCAAGCAACACAUAUGAGUAGAUACCUUCUCAACAGCAGCACGGUAGGAAGAUUGAAAAACAAUUGAAAAGCCUGCUCGCGGGGCUUACCGUUCUCAACGACAAGACAUGGUUGAUUGAUGGUGGUACAAUCUCCGUUUUUUGAAAAAUCAAGAAACUGUUCGACCGCGCCCAAUUCCAUUUUUACCGAGGAGUACGAGUACAUGUUUGCUAAACAAUAAUAAUUAUGUACAUUUUCA